AUGGAAAACCGAAGGUUAAUCCCUAUAAAUUGGGCACAUACGAUCUUGUUCGUUUAAGAAUCAGUCGCUUGAUGGAAAACCCGGUCAGUCCCUCAUCUAUUUGUAAUUUUAGUAGGACGUACCUGUCGUUAUUCCGGAGUCGACAAGGAAUGUGCAGCCUAAAGGGCCGCCGGAGUUCGUCAGAAAUGUCUGGGGUUAGUUUUCGUCGUCAUUUUGGCUCACAGUCCCUGUUCAAAUAUUUUAAAUACGGCUAGGAACCCGUCAUUUCCUUUCUACUUACGCCCAGUUAUGCAGAAGAAAGCAUGUGAAAUGAACCAGAUUUCGCUUUACCACAGUAGAAAGACGGUCAGUAAAGAUGUGUCCGAGGUCGGGCGUAGAGACUGACCUGUCACCGACUCCCCUUUCACAGGUGCCAGGUAGCUGUUGGUUUUUUACCUCAUCCGAGCGGAAGGUCGCGCGCGUUGCGGGCACUUCUAUUACCUCUGUUGGUUCUGGAAUCAGUCUUAAAAAGGCUUUCAGUCCGACGUACUAAUUCGAGGGCCAAUCCCCUUGCAAGUUGGCUAAACUCCAAAUCACUAGCAUUUACGAGCCUUGGCGGUUAAAUGUGCGCCCGUCGGAUUAUAGUUAGGAAUUUAGCAAAAAAUCAGCCGCAUUCUUUCUACACGGGUAAGAUGACUAAGGACCGAGACUUCUAUGCUAGAGUUUUAGAUUUCUCUGCUGCCAACCCAGUUUUAAAGUCACGUCCUGCCUGGUUUUUGGUUUCACAUCCGCUUAGUCUCGAAGGGAUGCUCUAUAGUCAGAGGAAUGGAACCAGGCAUAAUGAUCCAGUAGGACCCACUACCGUUGUACACCUACCGCGCACUUCCCAAUCCCAUUCCACAACAAACAAGAUUUUACCUUGACCUCAUACCCACCGUAGAACAUGGUCUGCGUGUCAGGACUGGCGCCACAACAUCGUAGCAGGGGUGUAAACAAAUUCUUCUGACAGUUGCUACUGGCAGUUGGUCCCAUAAUUUUCAACGAGUUCAGCGGUGAUACCCAUAUAAACUUUGAAGAAGUCAAGGUCGGCGAAGGUGCGUUUUCGAGUAUUCAUAAUCGUACGUGUUCAGUAAUAUGAAGACACGGUAGAGCAGCGAAAGUUGAAAAUUGGCCAAUGAACGUUAGUAAUGGAGGAAAGGGCUGAGGGUGCUUAGGCCUCAGAAAGCAGGGGUAGUUGGUGUACGGCCAGGGGGCAGGGGCGAGAGGGUAUGGUAGCUUGACAGUCGGUUGCGUUAGUAUUUCGCCGCCGUAACGCGACGUGGCAGGAUGCGGGUACGGACGUGGGAUUGAAACUCGGUCAGAGUAACUUGAGGGCUUUAGUGAACUCAUCCCUCGAGCACAAGACCAGGUUGAGUAGCCGUGUGGGCAAUGUCCCGGCUACACCGGUGGCAGCUUUAACGAGGCCGUUCCUUCGCUGCACACUGAAUGUUUGAUUCUGAUUCGGUGGUAAAUUUUGCAGUCAGGUCGAUGAAUUAACGAUGGGAUGACCCCUUGGACUCCUGCCAAUGAAUUUCUCCAUGGGAAAACUAGAGAACGACCAGUUAUGCUCGGUUAUUGAGGACCUUAAUUCCUAUAAUCUAUAUGUUGAUGGUACGUUUUGUAAAGACGGAUGAGUACCUUGAUCUGGAAACCCUCGUGGGUCUCCACCCACCGUUGGCCUUUUCCGUCUGGACAUCCUACUUAGUCGGACAAUUCAUAGGAGUGUAUUAUGCAGGGUACCAUGAACAGGGAAAUACACAACUUCCUGCAGUGUUGUCUGUCUAUUGCUGACGAAGCGUGGUCCACUGUGUAAGCAAUCGAACUAAGAGAAUAUACCCUCCAUGUACGCUGAUGGGACUCACCUUUGCACGACAGUGCGGGGAAACCGUUACUCCAUAAUUUCAUCGCAAUGUAAACGAAAGAACAUCCGCCAAAACAUACUUCCUGACGGCUGAAAGGGAAAUAUUCCGCACAUUACAAUUUUCGGGGAUCCGGCCGGCGAACCCAUGUAAAGUCGUCUUAACUCCGCUAUUUCGCGCACACACCCGGCGCCUCGCUCCUCCGCAUUGUUUCACUUGAACUUUUCUAUUGCCCGUUGGGACACAGUGGUUUAUCUGCCUUGCGUUUACUUGUCGGCACUGAUCUGGGAAGUUUGCCGGUCACAUCCCGGCCCUGGCUGGCGACGUCAAAACGACCGUUCUAAAACCCGACUGAGAGCGGAAAUAGCGGAGUCAAGCGCCCCUCUGGCCACGCCUGUGAUUGACAUAACAAUUGGUUAAAUCCACGUUGGGGGUCUGCCGCCGGCCAGCUGUGGUGAAGGGCGAUCACUCACGACGCGGUUGACCAGCAUCUUGGAGCCACCCAGACCAGUUCUGACGAAAGCUGUUAACGAUACAAGUGGAGCCCCGUCUUCCAUCUGUGAUCGUCAGGCGAUGGGCAUCGAGCUGCAGUCGAAUCAGCACGCGACCGGAUUCAUUGUUACCUGUCUUACCGUUUUUAAUUGACCGGUUUUUGCUGGCCCAAUUGAGGACACCCAAGCUCAUGAAGGCGUGGUCGACUACGGGAUUGUGUGAGUGCUGGAAUCAGGUUUUGUUUGAAGUGGCUAUGCUCCACGAAACGCAGCGGUCACCUACUACUUUUUGCGCUCACCGAGGUCAGACCUUAGAGAGGUAUCGCUAUUGUAGGUUCUAGCAACGACUAAAGUAUUGAUGGGACAGCCCCUCAGUCAAUUGUGCAAUUUCGUGGUAGAUUCCCUGCUGUUUCGAGCGUACACGACGGUGACGGAGAGGAAGAAUUGGCUUCUCUGCAUCCUACGCUACCCGUCCGUCAUUAUUCCUGUCUCGGGGACGGGAACUCUAUCAUCGGGGUCAAGUGCGUCUUCCGCACGCCCGACAGGGUAGGCCUUACGGUCGGUGCUUUGCUCCAGACAUUCUUUUAUCGUCUUGACCAACAGUAAGCCUUUCUACUAGACAACAACAGCAUUCAAUGAGGUUAGGUGCGCAGUACUACACCUCAACUAAGAAUAAAAAUUCAGCACGACGUUAGUUAUGCCCUUAUUUUAAGAUUUAGCGAAUCCAGUAAAUCCGUCUUCCCAGCCGUCCUCAUCGUUUUGUAGUCGGAUCAUUGUUCCUUAUCAGCCAAGCAUCCGUAUUCCCGAAGUCGAUGUCACUGCCAUCGUCCACCACUAGUGACCUUCUAUAUAGGGGGGACUGGAUGGUACACCAAGGAUUUUAACACACCUGUGGGAUAUGAGUAAGCCUGAUGCCAAGGGGCCUUCUGUCAGUAGUAUGUAACAUCUAAUACUCGAAAUGAUGUCCGGUAAGUUAAUCGGGGUUGGCUGUUAGCACUAAUUGACCGGGUUAAUUCGAAUGCGGGAACUAUACCGCCCAUAGCGAUUUCACUGACGAUAUUGUGUUUUCCUUCCCCUAUUUUUCUAGGCUCUGCAGCAGGCGUAGGCAGUGGCGACUUUCACAUCUACCGAGGACUUCGCAGGCGAGAAUAUGCCAGACUGGAAUUCAUUGAAGAACAAAAAAAGCAGGUUACCGCAACUCGUUUCUAAAUGGUCUGUUUGACAGCAAGCAGCGGAUGAAGAAUUCCAGAGGUUGCGUGAAGAAAGGAUAAAGGAAUUUGAGGCGAGAACGGCAAAAAAGCGACAAAGGCGUCAGAAGAAGAAAGAGAGACGAAAGAGAAAAAAAGGCGAAAAGAAAGCGGAACAAAGUGAGGGCAGCGAUGAAACGGACGGCGAAAUUCCUCAGGCAAACAGUGCGAACGAAGACGAGGAGAAGCAUUAG